AUGCCGGAGCCAAAGACCAUGUUCGAGGCGACGGCCGAGGCCAACAACCUGACCGCAGUGGCCACAGUCCGUGACAAAUACAUGGCCGGAAUGGAAGUGAUAUGCGGCGGCGAUCGGCAGUUUAUUGACCAUGCUACGUUGGAGUCCCACCACGACAAACUCAAACAAAUAUCGCUGGAACUGUUCGAUAAGAUACCGAAGAUGGGCGGCGCCGAGUUGUCCGACUCCUAUAGGGAACUGUUGGCCACCGAUUUGGACAAAUCGGCUCAACCCAUACGCCUAUUGCUGGCAUAUAAAGGCGUUAAAUUUACCGACAAAUAUUAUGACCCGCCGGGUGCUGACACCCCGGAGUCGUAUAGGGUUGAGUGGCGUAAACAAAAAUUCACCCUGGGCUUUGACUUUCCCGAUGUUCCCUACUAUGUGGAGGGCUCUAUCAAAUUGACACAUAGUAUGGCUAUUAUGCGACACUUGGCCCGAAAGCACGGACUGGUGGCCACCGACGAGACCGGACUCGUACGCCAGGAUGUGUUGGAGCAACAGUUGACUGAUAUUAGAAAUGGUUUUUGGGGAGUACUAUAUCCGGGCGCUGGCUAUGAGAUAGACUUGUUGUUUAAUAAUGAAUACGUUAGCGAAAAAGUUCAAUAUACCGCCAAAACAUUGCCUAAACAGUUGGACGCGUUGUCCCGGUUUUUGGGUACCCGUCAGUGGUUUACCGGUAAUCACAUUAAUUAUGUAGACUUCUUAGCGUAUGAGCUCUUGGAUUGGUUCCGACUCUUCAGCGCCGGUACUGUCGAUAAGUACCAGAAUUUAAUUCAAUUCUUAACCCGUUUUGAGAGUUUACCGGCGAUUAAGGCAUACAUGAAAUCACCGGAGUUUAUAAGUUGGCCAAUAGAUUCACCCAACGAUAUCUGGGGUUUCAAAAAGUAA